AUGCGGUUUCCCAGCGAAUUGAUUGAUCUUAUUGUGUCUCAGGGCCUGGACAGUUGCAGAACUUCAAUAGCCUGGUCCAACAUCAGUCGCCAUUAUAGAGAUUUGAUUACAAAACAGCUGGGAUUGAUAGUCUUGGAUGAUGGUACGAAAGAGUCCGAUGAAACAAAGUUGGUUCUCGAUUAUCAAGUUCUUAUGGUUGAGGGGAACACUCUGCACUUCGAGACGGAUCAUCUAGAAUACGAGAAAUUGAAGCAGUUCGUCGUCAAUUUCUCUAGACUACUAGUUGUGAUUCACUCGGACAGAAGCUAUAAUGAUGUUCUAGCCAGUAUUCUAAACGAUAUUGCGCGGUUCAGUGCGGCUGGGACAAGUCUUUGCAUAGUCUACAGCAACUCUCUUAACUUUCUGAGCAAGCUGUACUUCCGUGAGCUGUCAUUGUAUCAGGACAAGAUCAGAUUGUGUGAAUUACAUGUGCUAGGAAACGGGAAGGCUAGCGUGGAUGAGGUUUGUGACUUGAACACGCUUUUUGAGAGAACGUAUCUUUACAACCUCAAGAGCAUAUACUCGCUGGAUGUACAGAGCAGCCAGCAUCAGCUUAUUUCCCAGGAGCCGCUUACAAUCAAACAGCUAAAUUUUGUGGCAUACGAUGAAGCAUCAUCGGGCUUCUUCUCCCAAUGUCCCAACCUGAAGGCGAUAGAGUCUAUGAAAUACCCCAUAAAGUAUCAAGAUACGCUUUAUCGGUUACCACGCUGUGAUUCAAUUACUUUGACGCACUAUGUAAGUGGGUGCCACUACUCCGCGCUUGACGGCAGCGCCGUCGGUAAAGAGCUCACACUCGUACCAUCUCUACGAUCGGAAGAUCCCCAAUUCCAUGGCCUCUACUUUCCCCGAUUGAAAUCACUCAAACUCAAGCUUAGUGAUGCAGUGAGCCAUUUGGUUCGAUUUCACAAUUGCAAUUUCUCAUCGCUAGAUGAGCUCGCUUGUGGAUCAUGUACAAUACCCUGGGAUGAUAUGCUAUCUGCUGGCUGGAGUCCAGGCGAACUCGCUGUUACUUUGACAUCAGAUGAUCAGUUGCGCUGGUUGACAUCAUCACCGCCGGGCAUUGACAGACUGAGAAUACUAAAUCCACAAACGCGGUUCAUGGAAUUUCCUGCAUCGCGCAUAUUUGAGACGAGCAACUUGAACUUUAACACGAUCUCGUUGGAGUUGAACAUCAUCUGGCAAUGCUAUCUGCUUCAAAAGCUUAUACUGCCAAAUCUAGAACCCAGAGAGUGCCUGAUGAUAACUCUUGAUGAGAAUGCUCUGUCGGAGUCUUUGGCUUCAAGCUCGGGCAAGGGACUCAACUUAGAAUUGGAAGACGACUAUAUUGUCUUCAGGGUCCCUCCUUUGAGACAUUUUCAACUCAUCGAGAUCAGUUCAAGAAAUGCGGUUACUGAAUCUUCUUGCGUGUCCAGGACAUCUCCAGUUGAUACAGCUUUAGCGUCGUCGCACGCUAAGAUGAAUAGUCUCUAUUUCGACGCAGACGCAACCGGUGAGAUCUGUUAUGCAGUCUCGCCCUCAGAGUUCAGAAGGAAUAGUCUUGCGGGUCUUACGAAUGAAUCCGCUAGAAGACAGAGCGCCAUUGUCUUUCUCAAUGGCUCUCGCACCCGAAGAGCCUCGUCGAUAAGUUCCUCGAAUUUUGAUCCGGUGGUUCCGGCAUCUAGCGAUAAUCCUUUUGACGGAGAUACCGUAAUUUUCGAGUUCUCAAAGUGCUCUCCAGCGGUCUUCACAACGAAUUUAGACGCUUUGGAAUCUUCAUUAUUCUCUUGGAAAAAUCUAGAAUCCAACCGCAUUCCAUUUUUGCGAGUCCUAGUUCGAGAUCAAGAUGUACAUAAUCAAGUCGGCGAUUUUGAUUCCAUCAUACCCAUCCUCGUACCUCGCAUUAUUGAAGUUCUCAAAUUUCCCUAUGACAUUAGGCUGCCGAUGAUGGUCAUUGAUAAAUUUCAGGCAGUUGUCGAUCUUACUAAUCUUACUUUUGUUGUGACUGUUGAGCAGCGAUUGAAACUCUCAACAGAUAUGCAGGCGUAUCUGGGUUACAAGGGAUGCAAAAUACCUGUGCUUACAGAUCAGCCAAACACGGGCUUGACGGUUUCAAUUCUGCUAUGCUUUGAUGAAAUUGAGUAUGAUAUUGAAGUAAAAAAUGGUUUUUAA